UUUCCUGAAAGACAAAACAAAAAAGCACGCGUUUAGACACACACCACCACCAAUCCCCAAUCUCUUUUUCUCAAGAAUUUUUUCCAUUUCCAUCUUCUCUCUCAGAUUCCCGGAAAAUUUCAAAACGCAUCUUUUGGCACUCGGAAGCUCCUGCUUCCUCUGCCAAUUCAAUUCGUCGCUUACGCCAGCAAUCCAAUUCCAAUCCAGUUGUUGGAUUCUGGAUACUUCAAUUUCGGGUGGAAGCAUGAGUUCUCUGAGCUCUUCUGUGGUUGUUUAUCAUUUUCCCUAGAUUUCUCCUCAAACCCUCAACAAUCUCUGCGUUCAGAUUCUCUAGUUCAAUUUUAAGUCUCUCUUAGUUAGUAUAACCAUGUAUCACACGAAGAAGUUUUCGCCGGCAAGUAUGGUCCCACAUAAAUCUCAAGGUGGAGCUGAACAACUUGCAAAUGUUGGUGUUUUGGGUGGAUCUGCAGUAAAAAAUGCCGCACCUGCUGGGGGAAGUGGGAAACAACGUUUGCGAUGGACAUCUGAUCUUCAUGACCGUUUUGUGGAUGCCAUUACACAACUUGGUGGACCAGAUAGAGCCACACCAAAAGGUGUUCUUAGAGUGAUGGGUGUACCUGGACUGACCAUAUAUCAUGUUAAAAGCCAUUUACAGAAGUAUCGCCUUGCAAAGUACUUGCCUGAAUCACCAGCUGAUGGUAAAGAUUCUAAAGAUGAAAAAAGGAAUUCUGGAGAUAGUGUUUCUGGCACAGAUUCAUCCCCGGGAUUGCCAAUCAAUGAUGCUCUAAGAAUGCAGAUGGAGGUUCAGAAACGUCUACAUGAACAACUUGAGGUUCAAAAACAGUUACAAAUGAGAAUUGAAGCACAGGGUAAAUACUUGCAAAAAAUAAUAGAGGAACAACAGAAAUUAGGUAGCACAUUGACAUCCUCGGAAACUCUUCCAUUGUCCAAUGAUAAGCAAAACUAUCCCCAGUCUGAGCCUUCUGGAUCUAGUGAUACCCUUGCAGGCACCUUGUCUCCACUUAAAAAACAGAGAACCGAUGAUGGUUCAAAGGAUGGCUUCACUGCUUCCCAAGUAAGAAAGAUCGCACAAAAGAAUGACUGUAAUGUUGUUCAGUUGGAAUCAAACUUGUAUGAGGAUGAUGCUGGGUUUGGAUUUGAUUUGGAGACAAAAAAGGAUGAAGAUAAGGAGAGUGGACAGUAAGAACUAGUUUCCAUUUGUAGGUCAACGUGUCUCAUUGUAAUGUGUAGUGCCUUUUUCUGGUAGAAAGUACAAAUCAUGCUUCUGUAAAUUAUAUUUCAUGCAAUCCAUUUGUACAUAUUAAUAUAGAUAUAAUGCAUUCUUCUCUCCUGUUGUGAGAGUCAUAAACCCUGCGCUGUCUCACCCAACAGAAAUGGAUUGACAUGCAUUACACCUGUGAUCAUGGAUGAUGAAUGUUGGGAGCAGGAUACUUAUCAAUGUUCAGGUUAUUAUGGUCUGAGUCAAUAUCAGAGUUAUCAAUUAGCUAAUAGCCAGUGAUGACAUUGUUUGAUCUUUUAGCCAACCUCAUCUUGAGAGAUAAGGCAUUGUUGUUGUUGAUGGAGAUAGUAAUGACAAGCUUCCCCGUUGUAU